UUCAAUCUGAUCUGGUAAAACAUCUGACACCAUGAGCGCCGAAGAGAGCACAGAACAACAGACCACUAUUGCUGAGGUGGCGGAAGAUCAGCAAUCGGAGGAUAAUCCUCAAGAGCAACAGCAGUCCGUCAGUGAGCUGGAAAAGCAGGAGGAGGAGAAAAUGAAAGCCAAAUACGGCACGAACGUUGGUAUGGGUGGUCCGCGUGGUUUGGGCGGUCAUUCUGCAUUUCUGCAAAAACGACUUCAGAAGGGUCAAAAGUAUUUCGAUUCCGGUGAUUAUCAGAUGGCCAAGCAAAAGGGUGGCGGUGUGAAGCAGGUGUUCGCUAACAAAGUUCCAACUGGUGAAGCGAUACCGACACCCGAAACGGUUCCGGUGCGGAAAACGUCCAUCAUUCAGACGUGCAACAAGUUUCAAAGUUAAAAAUGCAACCAUGGUCUGUUUUCCAUUG